AUGCUGGCAGACGUCUAUCCCAAAAUUGGACAAACUGACGAUCCUGAGAAAUUUGCUGACAUUCGUAAGGACGUUGUAGAGAGGUGGGCAACAUUACUUCACUGAAGCUACAAAACAAUUUUUUCCCGCCUAGUCACACACAUGCGACAGCCAAGCUUCUUUGGGGUGCACUUAAUCGCAUUGUUUCUGUAUCUUCCCUGUGUGAUAAUUUCCGAAAGACGUUUUUCUUUUGCUUUAAUACGUACCCUCGAGCAAAAACAUUUCGCGGAUUUUUGGCAUCUGAGGGGAGGAAUAGGCAUUGGUUGACCUUUUUAAAUGUACGUAGAGCGAAAUAAAAUUGCCUGGAAAGGGGCAUCGUUAGCGUAGAUUUUAAUUUCUUGAUUAUUUAAACCACACGACAGCGCGACUACUCAGCUGCAUGGUCGUAAUCGUCCGUUGUUAGAAUACUUUCUGCUUGUAUUUGCAUUUCUAUACAAGCACAUUUGGGCAAUUUUAAAAUAAAAUCUGUCGUGUUUUGAAAUGCUUUUUUUUCAUCUGCAUGCAGAUUUUUACGUUAUUUACACUUUUUGAAAAUCUACUAUGAUGACAAAUGCUAGCAUCCGUAGGUAGAUUUUACAGUCUUAUUUUCCCCCGAACGUUUAAAACUAACUUUGGACUUUCUCCCAACAGUGCAUAUAAUAUCAUUCGAUUGAAGGGAUACACUUCUUGGGCUAUCGGCCUUAGCUGCGCCACCCUCUGCCACGCUCUGCUGCAUGACCAACAUAGCAUUCUGCCAGUGUCAACGAACGUAAAAGUAAGUUUUCUCCACGGCCUCGUAGAGUGAACCAUUUCUGUCUCCUUCGUCUCAUCCAUUGGCUGCCUUCCAUGUAUUUGGAAUAAUUUACUCCAUUCUCAAAGCAGGAAGUAGCUCCACCUGUGAGACCUGCGAAAAUGUACUUCUGACGGUCGACUAAAGUCUUACCACAUAACAUUUUCACUUCCGCACAGCAUUAGUCAUAUUGGGAGGAAAGAUAUUUUUGGGGUUACAGGAUAUACUAGUAGCACAGGUAACAGCUAAAAACCCAGACGCGCCUGUUUCCCCAAUAUUCUUCAGCUGCAUGGCACAUCUGCGAGGGGUUCGUCUCAUCAUUGGGUCCCGUAGUAUUUUCCGUGAACUUUUUCGUAGAUACACUAGCUUAGAGGCUAAAAAACAGCAAAGUCUAAACUGGGGAGUCUACCAGAAAGCGCACGGGGCGACCCACUGAUAAGCCGAACCCCUCGCAGAUGUGUCAUACAGCGACAGGAUAUCGGCGAAACAGGCAUGCCUCGGCCUCUAGCUAGUACCUAUGCUGCUAUUAUGGUAUUUGGCGACUCCCAAAACAUACUAUUAGCUGCCUAUCGGCAGAUGAUGAAUAUUGCGCGGCUUUUUCGCUCUGGCUGAUGGACUUCGGCCCAAAUACUCAUACAUCUAAUUUCGGUCUGUGCCUAUGACCUUAGGAUAAACUGAUUUACUCCAAGUUAGCAGUUAAUUUCUGAGGGAAUUAGGAAAGAUAUUCAUUUAAGUUAGUCGCAAACCCUCGUCUAUGUCCUUUUUGAAUAAGUCUUCCGAAGACUACAUUAGGUCGAGAUAUCAGACCUAUAGUCAUUCAGAGCUUGUUUGUGAAACUUUCUCAAUACGAAAGCGCUCUUAUUGUGAAAGAGCCGCUGUUAUCUUCACGGAAUGAAUGAUAGGAAAAUUCGAGUUAUGUUUUUCAGAUGCCAUGUUGGCCUGUCGAAAUCUGAUGUGUCUUGCUUACAUUGGAGACCUCUCAAAAGACAAGUUUCCAGAUUCCGAAAAUGUAGUCUUAUUAACGCAAGUCGUGGUUUCUCCAACGGUAUCAGUCUAAAACAUGGCGAAAUUCGCGCCAGAGAUAAUGCAUUUCCUAUCCCAAACUCAGUUCCCUUGUAAGUUGUUUUGCGAAGAUGUGCUAAAAUUAGCAUCCGUCACAAUUCUUCUGUUUACGAACGCGGAGUAAUUUUGGCCUCUGAUAUAAUAAUUCCAGCAAAUACAUAGUCCACUUAAAUAAUUUGGGUAGCAAGUGUUCAGAGAUUUAAAAUUCACACCAAUGUGAUCAAAUAUUACGGCAUACCUUAGUGAGUCAUUCCUAUAAAGUCUAUAAAAUGCAGUCUAUGCAACUUUUCUGCGAAUAUGGUGGAACUAAAAGCUGUCCUUUUCCAUUCAAGGGCCUGUUUGGUAUAGACUACGAUGUCUUUCUCAGUAUGCCCUGUGUAAUCAGCUCAGACGGGAUCAUGUCUAUCGUGAACUUGGAGCUCUCCGAAAAAGAGACAAAGAGAUUCAAAUCCAGUGCAGAGAUCUUGAAUGCAGCAAGUUCAGAUCUUGUAUGGUAA